AUGUCCACCAACCUGAAGAUGCCUCCUGGUUCGCCGGAGGCUCCUCCUGUUUUGUUUGGUGCCGGAGGUCCAAUGUUGAAGAAGUUUGAUGAGUCGGCCGCAUCGAGUCGGAAGGCUUCUCGCGCACCUUCGCCAACGCGAUCUGUGUACGGCAUUGGUGGCAAAGUGGCGAAGCCGGAUUACUCAGAGUCGAAGAUCGUGCUGGCCAUGGUUGGACUGCCAGCACGCGGCAAGUCAUAUCUGAGCAACAAAUUGAUGAUCUACUUGAACUGGUUAGAAUACAAUGUCAAAGUGUUCAACGUCGGACAGCUACGGCGCACACGAGCCAAACAAAAGGCCUUGCAGAGUGGAGUCAGGGAGGACCACACGGCUUCAUAUUUCAGUCACAACAAUGAGGAGGCAACCAAGCUUAGAGAUCGCCUCGCAGAGGAUAGUUUAGAAAUGCUGAUACAGUGGCUAAAGGACGGAGGAAACGUUGGCAUCCAUGAUGCAACGAACAGCACUAUGAGCAGGCGGGCGAAGAUUGAAGCGCGAGUCAAGAAAGAGAAGGGCCUUUCCGUGAUCUUCAUUGAGUCCCUUUGCGACGAUCCUGCCGUCAUCGCGGCGAAUGUCGCCCUGAAAGUCAGCUCAGGCGAUCCCGACUACAAGGACAUGUCCCCCGACAAAGCCAAGAACGACUUUCUUCGCCGCAUACAAGAAUACGAAAAAGUCUACGAGACGAUUACCGAGCCUGACAUCUCCUACCUGCGCAUCAUGAAUGUCGGCAAGCAGGUCACCGUCAAUAGGAUCAAUGGGUACCUCCAAAGUCGGAUCGCGUUCUAUUUGAUGAAUCUCCACUUGAAGCCGAGGAAUAUAUUCUUCUCAAGGCAUGGUGAGAGUCAAUAUAACGUAGAAGGUAAAAUUGGUGGGGAUGCAUCGUUGUCGGAACGAGGCAAGGAGUAUGCCAAGGCCCUACCAGAGCUGAUCUUGAAGAACAUUGGGGACUCCCCAUUGACGGUUUGGACUUCCACCCUGAAACGUACCAUCCAGACUGCUCAAGCGCUCCCCUAUCCUAAAUUGACUUGGAAGUCGCUGGACGAGCUAGAUGCUGGUGUAUGCGAUGGAAUGACGUACGAGCAAGCCUAUCCGGAUGACUUCGCCAAUCGUGACGAGGACAAAUUUAAUUACCGUUACAGAGGUGGCGAGUCCUACCGCGACGUCGUAGUUCGAUUAGAGCCUGUCAUCAUGGAACUUGAACGUCAAGAAAAUGUUCUUGUCAUUGGCCAUCAAGCAAUUCUGCGCUGUCUUUACGCGUAUUUCCAUCACCUUCCCCAAGAAGACCUUCCAUAUAUCAAGAUUCCAUUACACACGGUCAUAAAGCUUACCCCCAAAGCUUAUGGUUGCGACGAAGAAAGGUAUCCGCUUCCAAUUGCUGCGGUCGACACCCAUCGUCCGAAACCCAAGGCAGCUCAACAGCCUACGGUCAAAGUAUCAACUGCUCGAGAAUAUUACACUCCGUCAUAG